GGUGACACUCGUGAAUGAGAUUGUAUUCGUGAUGGAUUGUUAUACAAGAAGUGUAGGCUUAUAAUGGUUUGUGAUGGGGCUAUGAAAGUAGACUAAGUUAUUAAAGUUGACUUGUUGUAAUUUUCAAGUUUUACUUUUGCUGCCUUUGUAUAGAAGUAGCCUUAAAAAUUCGUACAAUAGGCAGCAAGUUCUGUUUUUCAACUUAUAACAACAUUGAAUGUCACUGAGUGUCUUAUUCGGUCAUUGAACGAUUGAGCCGUAGUCACAUUACAGUUAUUAAUAUUAGUUUUCGGUUGACAGCCGUGAAACAAAAGUAAAUGUAUCAGUGUAUGUUAUAACUUUUAAGUAUUAUAGUAUAUCGUAUUAAACAUGUUUCUAGUAGUAAAGUAUUAGUUCUGUUCUUAUCUUGGCAGCAACCACUACCACUACGCAGUAGUACUACUCUACCCCAGUAUAUAAUUAUAGUAGUAGUGUUAGUAACAACAAUUAAGCUUAUAUUCAAGUGGAAAUAAAAUAUUGUUACAAAUUGAAACCAAGCAUAAUAAUUAAUAUAAAGCAGAGACGAGUUGCAUGAAGUUCUGAAAAUGACUGAUUCAGGAGAUUUGGAAUACAUCUAUGAUGAUGCAGAUAGCCACACAAGUGAGAUUGCAGAACUUUAUAGCUACACAGAAGAGUCUGAAUUUUUGCAAAAUAAAAAAGCAUUUGAGGAUUUGAUGGACGAAUAUGGUUCCCCUGAAAAGUGGAAUGAAAUGACUGAAGAUCAAAAGCAUGUUGUAGUCUUAAAACUUCUUGAUGCCAUAGAAGUCUCUCAGCGAACCUCUCGUAUGAUUGCCGUUCGGGCCAUUUUAUACUUGGUACAAGGCAUUUUCGGUGAAUGUUUGACUCUUGACGAGCAACCUCGAUUAGCCCGAGAAAAUAUUUUUUUACUUUAUGAAGCCGGCGUUUUUCAUACCUUUGUACAGCUAUUAAAUAUGGAAGCAGAGUAAGUUUUUGAAUCGACUUAGAUUAACUAGUAUUCCAUACAUCAUAUUGUUUGUCACACACA